CAAAACGCUAUGUGUUCAGUAUAAAAAGUGGAGGAAGAGUGGACAGUGAAUUAUUAAACCCUCUGCUGAGCUGUUGGGCAGUACUCCUCAGGAAAACACGAUCAAAGAAUGAAAUCCUUCAUAGUUUUGUGUUUGUUCGGUCUGGCUGCGGUGGCUCUGGCCAAGCCUAAUGGCAGCACUUACACUGACAGAUACGACAACGUCAAUCUGGAUGAGAUCCUUGGUAAUCGUCGUCUCCUGACGCCUUACAUUAAGUGCAUCCUCGAAGAGGGCAAGUGCACUGCUGAUGGCAAGGAACUGAAAUCUCACAUCAGGGAGGCUUUAGAACAGAACUGUGCCAAAUGUACCGAUGCUCAGCGCAGUGGAACCCGUAGGGUCUUGGGCCACAUCAUCAACAAUGAGGAGGAAUCCUGGAACCGUCUCAAGGCUAAAUAUGACCCCGAGUCCAAAUACACUGUCAAAUACGAACUGGAACUCAGAAAACUGAAGCAAUAAAUUAGUUUAUAGUAUAAGGAUAACAUAGCGACAGAUUAGUUUAUUUUUUUCGAUUAAGUGAGUACAAUUAGAACAAAGCAGAUUAGAAUUUGGUAAGACAACCAUGACGCCCUUAGCUUUAGAUAAAAAAUCUCAAAUAUUGACAACCUCCUUUUGAAAAUUGAUAGUGUUGUCAUUGUUUUACACUUUUACAGUAAAGAUAUCAAACAUAAUGAAUAUCAAGGCUUGUGAAAUACAUAAUUAUAAUAAAUAAGCUCUAGUAUAGUGCAAUAAAUAAAUUAUUGGUAAUUAAUCGAG